AUGGCUGCCACUCGUGCCCGCUCCGGGCUUCUGGGGUCCUUCUUGUUGGCUGCUUGCCUGAUGUCGCUGCAGGCCUUCGUGUCGGCCCCCCGUGCCGAGUCCCCAUCUCUCCGCGGCUUGGCCGCUGCCGGCAGCAUCGCCGCGGCACCGGGCGUGGCCUCUGCGGCCGAUGAGUACCUGAACUACAACAUGACAGGUGAGUUCACACCUUUCAUGGUCAUCGGCUACUUUGGCCUUACCACAUUCCUGACUGCCUUCGCAUUCGGCUCCUACCUCGUCCUGACCAAGCUGAAGAUCAUCUGA